GCGGCGGCUAGAGCGGCCGGCUGUGUGCGCCGGAAGUGAGGUCGCGUCUUCUGGCGCUUGUGGUGCGGGGAAGAUGCCGGUGGCGGUGAUGGCGGAGGGCGCGGGCGGCUUCAGGCGGCUGCUGGAGCAGUGCGAGACGCAGGAGCUCGAGGCCCCUGGAGGAAUUGCAACCCCCCUUGUUUAUGGCCAGCUGCUAGCUUUAUACCUGUUGCAUAAUGACAUGAAUAAUGCACGCUAUCUUUGGAAAAGAAUCCCUCCUGCUAUCAAAUCUGCAAAUGCUGAACUUGGUGCAGUUUGGUCAGUGGGACAAAGAAUCUGGCAGAGAGACUUCCCAGGAAUCUAUACAACAAUCAGUGCACAUCAGUGGUCUGAGACUAUUCAACCAAUCAUGGAAGCACUUAGAGAUGCAACUCGGAAACGAGCCUUUGGACUGGUUUCUCAGGCAUAUACCUCAAUAGUUGCAGAUGAUUUUGCAGCUUUUGUCGGGCUUCCCGUAGAAGAAGCUGUGAAAGGUGUAUUAGAACAGGGCUGGCAAGCAGACUUUUCAACUCGUAUGGUAAUGCCUAAAAAGCCAGGUGUGCUGGAAGCUUCUUUUAACAGAUUUAUUCCUUCAUCAGAACCUGCUCCAGUUCCACCAAUUCCAAAUGAACAGCAGUUGGCCAGAUUGACUGACUAUGUGGCUUUCCUUGAAAAUUGAUUACUCUGCUCUUAUAUCCAGAACAACUUGGGAAUCCUGUGUACUGACAGUUUUAGAAAUCUAAGAUUGAUUUUUGUAUCUGUUAAACGUUGCAGCGGCCCCUACUCAAAUGUGUGACAUAUACAGCGUGUCUUAGCACAAUUAGUGUUUUGCCAAAGCCAAGCUAGCAAUUGAAACAAUCCUUUAACUCUUGUAAUAUUUAUUCAGUAGGUACACAGCAGUAUUACAUAGUAAGUUUUGGGGGUUUUUAUUUUAUUGACUCAUAGCAGAGAGAGGCGUAACUGUUUUUCAGGUAUACUGGAAAUGGAGAAGAAAGAGCAAGUUAGUUGUGUUGAGGAAUUUAUGCUAGUAGCUUUUGUGCUUCUAUGGUGAGUACUGCAGUGCGUACACAGAUCAAUUGCAUGUUGAACUAAAGUACAAAGAGUGGUAGAUUGCCCUACCCCUAUCUGCAGAGAGAAAAUGUUUUGAUGAAACAGUAACUUAAAGAAGAAAACAAUUUACAGAAACUUCUUUGGAAGUGUAUUUGUGGCAUCUUUGUAAUUGAUCUUCUCUUGGUCUUCCUGGAUUGUUAAAUCUUGUUUUGAGGUGAGAAAUUUCACAUUGGGCGUGUUUUUACAGCAGAAUAAUUGGAGUUGUCUAAGAAAAGCAAAUCUUGACUUGGAGGAAGAAUUUUUACUUCUGGAAGGUGUUAUUAGUGAUGUAGGACACCAGGUACUCUGCUGGCUAAUCAUACACCUGCUUGAAGCCUGUCAUGUCUUGGGUCUGGGCCAGGAUCUACAAAAAACGACAACUCUUACCCAUCUUUAAGCUUCCUGGAUUACCUCUGUAGUUACUGGAGAGGGAUUGAAACAUUGGGGUAAGUGUCUCUGAGUAGAGACCAGUUGGGAUGGGGGUGACGUGUUAUGCUGCAAUGUCAGUUUGAGGAAUAGAGUUUCUGUAUCAGAGCACUGCUGUGAUAAACUUUGAGUUGAGAGUGGGUUUUGGAAGCAGAAAGCUGGCUUGUAUUUCCAGGCUUCUGAUUUGUAUUGUGCUGGUAAAUAGGCUAUGGGGAAAGUAGUGGUGCUUUAAAGGGCAGUGCAUGCCUCCGUUUGCUUCUUCCUCCUCUCCAAUGUCACACUCAGUGGUUUCAUCAAAGAUGAAACUUGUCAUCAAAGAUGGCAAGUGUGCUGUACGUUGUGAUUGUUCUUUCCAGUGUGCACUACCUACUGUACAUUCUCUUUUGGGGGAUGUGUUAGCAGGGAGGAAUUGUAAACUGUGCACUGCUGCUUUGAGAGCUCCCUUUAUACGUAAACACUUAAAAUGAUUAUUUAUUUGAAACCCACCUAAGACUUGGAUUUCUAAAUUUAUCUUCAGUGACAUUAAAGAAAAUGUUUACACUGACAUUGCGUACUUCAUGGUUUAACUGAGAGAACAUUUGUUCUGGUCUGGCUCUUUUUUAAAAUGAAUUCUUUUUGGUCUAAUUUGAAUUGGACUAGUUAAAGAUUGGCACAAUACAUUACAUAUUGUUGUGGUUUAAGCCCAGCUGGUAACUCAGAACCACGCAGCAGCUCACUCAAUGCCCACCUUCUUCCCCCGCCUCUCUCCCAGAGGGAUGGGGAGAAGAACGGAAAGAAUGUAAAUCCCAUGGGUUGAGAUAAGAGCAGUCCACUAACUAAGGUAUAACACAAAACCACUACUGCUACCACCAAUGAUAAUAAUGAUAAGGGAAAUAACAAGGGGAGAGGAUACAAUUGCUCAGCGCCCACCAACUGAUACCCAGCCUGACCCGAGCAGUGAUCUGGGCCUUCCGGGUAACUCCCCCCAGUUUCUAUACUGGGCAUGAUGUGCUGUGGUAUGGAAUACCCCUUUGGCUAGUUUGGGUCAGGUGUCCUGUCUCUGAUUCCUCACGGCUUCUUGUGCCCCUCCUCACUGGCAGAGCAUGAGACUGAAAAGUCCUUGAUCGGAGUACACAUUACUCAGCAACAACUAAAACAUUUGUGUGAUAUCAGCGUUGUUCUCAGGCUACAGUCGAAAACACUGCGCUGCUAGGAAGGGGUAAAAAUAACUGCUACAGCUGAACCCAGGACAGGUAGCCUCCUCCAGCUGGCAGACUGGCUACCUGCUACUUACUCUUAGUAAGUCCUGUUCAGUUUACUAGUUUGUGUGGUUUUGGACAAAUCUGUUGUAUAUGAAGUAGACAUUUGAUCCACAUUUGAUUCUUUGUAGAAAAAAUGAGUAGAUUUGAAGCUGCCUCCAAAAUCGAACCACACAUCUUCAAGUAGUCUCCUAUGUAUUUAGUAUUUCUCUUUUUUUAUUAACCAAAAUGCUGCCCAGUUCCCCUGUCUAGACGCUCACCUUGGGUUUUUUAGGUUUUAAAUGGGCAGGUGAGGAGCAAGCUGACUUUAAGGUUUGGUAAAGGAGCUAGAGGUAUUAAAUGUUGGAGAAAUAGGGGUAUUACAGUCAAAUGGAAUGCUGUGCUUCGUAACCGGGAAAGGCCAAUGAUACAGCUAGUGCAAAUGGCUUUGAGGGAUGUUUUUGAUAGCGGUCAUGAGACCUUUAAUGGACUUGGUUGGUGUGUAUUGAGCUAAUAAAGUGAAAUCUUUAAUUUCCCAA